AUGAAGUUCUUCAGCAGCUCCAUCAUCUUCUCCGUUGUUUUCUUCAUCUCCCAAGGGCUUGCUGUACCUCUUGCGGAAGCUCAGCCUGUACCUGACCCAGGGCCAGGCCCUGUCCCCGAGCCUGGAAAUGACUUGGCCGAAAGAGAUCCUUUUCUGAAGGGACUCUUCCCACCCAAGAAUUGCCCUACUCAGCAAGUUAAUUCGUGUUCCACCGGCGAGCCAUAUUGUUGUAGUACCGAUUCUGGAAAGCAUAAUUGUGUGAAAUCCACUGUCAACUGCCAGCAGAAAGUCAUCUGCUGUAACAACAACUUCGGAGGCCCACCUUCAAAGGUCAACUUCUAUCUCCCGUUAAUAGCUCGAGUUGUAACCCUGGGUAAUAGGCGUACCAAGCCUCAAGGCGCUGUUGAACCGAAGGCGGGAGGAGAAGUAGGUACCAAUCGACCCGUAGCGAUUACACCCGGGAAGAACGUUUCAUUUCCUAAUCAUCGCCGAAUGCCAAAUCGCUUCAGCAUUGCAGCCCUCAAAAUGAAAUGUAAAACAAAACUCUCCGCUCCUCGCUUCUGGAAAGCGAGCGGGAGCAGCCGCUCGUUCUCGAGCCCAUUGCCCAGGUUCUGGAUUUCGUAG